UUAAACUCAUAUUAUCAACAAAAGUGUCUAUUUUCCCUUUUUAUAAUUUUUUCAAUUCACAUUAAUUCAUUUAGGUUUGCUAUGACAGAUAAUACUCUAAAAAGCAAUUUAAAAGCAGAUGAUAAGAAUAAAAUUCUUGAAAAAGCAAACAGAAUCAAAGAAGAUAUAAAAGAAAACCUACCAACCGUUCGAUGGGCGCCACUGACAGGCAUACCUUUUGAACGAAGAAUCCAAACCGCUGCUAUACUAGUUUGGGUUUUUUUACUAGGCAACUGCCUUACUCUAUUUUUUGGUACUCUUAUAUUUCCCUUCCUAUGGCCAUUUCAUAUCGCUUAUGCCUUCUGGGCUUGGUGGUAUGACAAAGACACGCCUGAAAACGGCGUGGGACGGCGCUCUGAAUGGUUUCGUCGCUUACCAUGGUGGAACUAUUUUGUCAACUACUUUCCUGUGAAGCUCGUCAAAACAGCCCACCUUGACCCGUCUCGUAAAUACAUCUUUGGUUAUCAUCCCCACGGCAUCAUCAGUUUGGGUGCCGUUGCAAAUUUUGGCACUGAGGCAACCGGCUUUUCGGAGAUGUUUCCAGGUAUUACGCCUUCUUUACUCACCCUCUUGCCCAACUUCCAAGUGCCUCUUUAUCGUGAAAUAAUUUUAGCCAUGGGAAUAGCAUCGGUCUCUAGACCUUCCUGCGAGCGAAUUUUAUCCAAGGGAGGGCCAGGUAGAGCUAUCGUGAUCGUCAUAGGAGGUGCUUCUGAAUCUCUUAACGCCAAGCCAGGCACUGUAGAUUUGAUUUUGAAGAAAAGAUUGGGAUUUAUCAAAUUAGCCUGUCGAGAAGGAGCAGAUAUUGUACCCACGUUUUCUUUUGGAGAGAAUGAUUUAUAUGAACAAGUGGAUAACUCAAAAGGAUCAUGGCUGUGGAACUUACAGAAGAAGAUGCAAAGAAUGGUGGGAUUCACAGUACCCUUGUUUCAUGCAAGAGGUAUUUUUAAUUAUAAUGUGGGUAUUUUACCUUAUCGUCAUGAGGUUGUGACAAUAGUGGGAAGACCGAUUUCUGUACCUAAACUGAAAGAAGGACAAAAAGAACCUACCAAAGAGCAAGUGUUGCAAAUUCAAGAAGAAUACGUUAAGGAACUGGAACAUAUUUAUCAUGCAUAUAAAGACGAAUACGCAAAAGAUAGGCAACAAGAGCUUAGAAUUGUUGGUUAAAAAGAGGCUAUUGAUUUGCUGGUCUAUAUAUCCAAGCCAAUAAACAGAUUGCAUGAAGUCACGUACUUUUUUUUGCCUGCAAGUCUAGAAAUGUAACUCUACGAUUUGUGCAUAAAAUUGGAAUGAUGGGCUUUAUAUAUUUCUAAUAUUUUAGAGGAAGGGCGCCAAAAUGUCAUAUACAUGUCUUCUCAAGUCUAAUACGUCUAUUUCGUCAGACAAGUAUUUGAACUUUUUGUACCAACUUAAUACGUUUAAAAGAAAUCUUUUAUUACAAUAUUUGAAACCCAAUGAGCACCAAAAAUUGCCCGGGGCAGAUCCUAAAGUUUCUAUAGUA